AUGGGCAUGUUACAGUGCCUGAAGCAGUAUGUGGAACUCCUGAUUAAAGAUGGCCUUGAAACUGCAAUUAGCUGUCCGGACUCUGCCUGUCCUAAAAGAGGACACUUGCAAGAAAAUGAGAUUGAGUGCAUGGUGGCCACAGAGAUGAUGCAGAGAUACAAGAAACUUCAGUUUGAAAGGGAGGUAUUGCUGGACCCGUGCCGAACAUGGUGCCCUUCGUCGACCUGCCAGGCGGUGUGCCAGCUAAAGGAAGCGGAUUCUCCAGCCCUGCCCCAGCUGGUCCAAUGUGCUGUAUGUGCCCUCGAGUUCUGCUCAGCCUGCAAGGCCAACUGGCACCCCGGGCAGGCCUGCCAGGAGAACAACCUGCCCAUUACGUCCUUCCUACCAGGAGAAAACAGCUCUUUUUAUAAAAACGAAGAGGAUGAUGCACCAAUCAAGCGCUGUCCUAAAUGUAAAGUUUACAUUGAGAGGGACGAGGGCUGUGCACAGAUGAUGUGCAAGAACUGCAAGCAUGCCUUCUGCUGGUACUGUCUGGAGUCCCUGGAUGAUGACUUUCUCCUGAUCCACUAUGACAAAGGGCCCUGUCGAAACAAACUGGGGCACUCCAGGGCGUCCGUUAUCUGGCACAGAACACAGGUUGUGGGAAUCUUUGCUGGCUUUGGCCUUCUCCUGCUGGUUGCCUCUCCCUUCCUCCUCCUGGCCACUCCCAUCGUACUCUGCUGCAAGUGCAAGUGCAGCAAAGGCGAUGAUGACCCAUUGCCAACCUAAAAAACACCAUCUGAGUUGGCACAGGGAGCCGCUUCAAGGAUGGGCCCAUCUAUUUUUGUCCUUUUUCACCCCUUUUACAUUUUUUUUUUCCCCAUCCCACCAGCUUUGAAAGCUUUCUUCUGUUUUGGGCUCAACCUGCACCAGCCCAAGCCGCUUGGGGAUCCAUUGCUCUGCAUGAGGGAGGCAUGGCAGAAAAGCGACCCUACAUGUUUAUCUCAAGGGAGAGAGGUGCAGGGGUCAAAGGUUAGUGGACAUGAGACUCGUUGAGGGACUACUGUGUCCAAAUGUAUGAGAAGUUGCCAGACUGGGGACAUGGAGGAUGACUGCACCACUUCAGCUGCCCCCCCUCCCCCCUCUCCUCUCCUGAGGUGUGGGUUAAUUUGUUGUUGCACUUUGAUGGGUAAUUGCAAGUGAAGGAGGGGGAAAAAAAUCAACAUUAAGAAACGAUUUUUUUUUCUUUAUUAUUAUUCUUGUAUGGACCAUGUCAUGCAGGAGCCACCUUAGAAAGAACUCUUACUUCAUCACUCUGUUUUGUCGGUUUGUUAUGCGCAACAAAAGCUUUUCCCUCACCACCACACUCGAUGUAGCUCUACAGAUUCAGUCAGUAGCAUAAUAGAGUUACACCACGGAUGUUUGGUGUUCACUCGAUUUGCGCACAGAACAUGAUUUCUUUGUCAUGUCUGCGACUGAGGUAGAGAUGGGAGGCUAGCGUCACUCUCAGCUCAGUGUAUAGCACGUCCUCUUGAUGAUGUCAAUGUUUUAUAAUCCUGCGCUUUUAAUAGAACUGUGCUCAAAGUAGUGUCUAUGUGUUGUACUUUACAGUGUUUUUCCAACUGUUAGGCAAACAUAUUAAAGGGGACUGCCUCUCAAAUACAUUAAAAGGAAAAAAAAACAGUUUUUCCUGUGAUAAAAUGAUAAUCGCGUCUUGUUUUGGUUAACUAUCACCUUACUUUCUUUUACUGUCUUUGCAUUCUACAUUAAAUUCACAAAUGUCACAAAUUGAGCGGCACUCCCCUUUAGCAUUAAAUUAAACUCUAUCAAAGGACCUCGUAUCCACGUGCUGUGGAGUUGUUUUAAUUUAAUUCACUAAAAGAGAUGUCACUCCUGUAUUUCUCAGUCCCUAGGCGGCAGUCUAGCCAAAUAGAAAUGAAUGGCCUUAAAUUAAAAGUAGUGAAAAUCAGGCAAGCCCCCCAUGCACUAAAAGAACAAGUCAGAUCCAAAUGAUCCCAGGGAAAGCAUGUUUUAAGGACUAGUCAGUGAAGCCCUUUAUAUCCAGACGAUUCUAUGAUGUCAUUCAUAUGCCACUCUGUUAAUAGCCAUACUGUUAAAAAAAGAAAAACAAAAAAACCGAGGAUAUCUCUCUCUACAUAUAAUAUAAACAAUUGUUUUCAAAUGGUGUUCUUUGUGAUCUAGGCCCUGUAUUUUCUGAGCCUCUUUAAGCAGGAGAGCGAUCAAUCCAGCUAUGGUUGUGAAUGAUCUCAAGAUCAACUCAGAUCUCCCACUUUUUGAGUCUUAACAAAUACCCGCUGGCUCAAACUGCAAACUUGCAUAUGUUAGUGGUCCGAGUGUCUGUUUUGUUUUGUUGGUAGUUAGACCUCCAACAAAAAGCAGCUAUUCCUUGCAGGAAUGUCAGAAAAGCCUAUAGAAUAAAUUUAAAAAGCAUGUUAACUCUUUGGGCACAUGAAUAUCAAGCUGCUCUAUACUAUAUCACUUUAUCUAUGCAAGUUUGUGCAUUACCGUAAUGAUAAGGUUAUUGAUUGGCCAUGAUUAAUUGUAUGGAAGCAUUGUGUAAUGAGAGCUGCAGAAGGUCAGCAUAUCGUCGCUUUAAUUUAAUCAGGGAAUCAUCUGGAAAAUAUCCAUUUUAUGAUCAUUAUAUACAGUGCAUUGGGUUUUUUUGUUUGGUUUUUUUGUCCUUAGGCUAGUUUUAAGGUUUCCAGAGAAGAAAUUUGUCUUCUCUGGAAACCUAAAGUUGCAGUCUUCAGAAAGAAGUUGCAGUCUUUCUGAAGACUGCAACUUCUUUGCAGUCUUCAGAAAAAUGAAAUUACCUUUUUACAAAAACAAUCUUACCUGGUUAUAAUCACGGUACGCCAACUGUCAGUUCGGAGGUUUUUCAGACCAGGACAUAAUAAAAGAAAAUAUUUGGUCCUCUGGGUCCAGUGGAGGAAUAUUGGCAUGCUUAUUUUUCAGUGUUGCUUUAAUUCAUUUAGGUUUUUGUGCAAUAAUCUAUGCACAGCUCUCUUAAAGUCUCAUCACGGUAUUUCAGUUGGGUUGAUGUCUGGAUUUUGACUGUGUCAUUGCAACACCUUGAUUUGCCGUCCCACCCCACCCUUUUCCCCCCCUCUUUUCAGCCAUUCUGUUGUGUUUUGGAUAAUUGCCCUGGUCAGCUAUGGACAGGUGUUCUCACAUUUAACUCUAGAAUACUUUGGCUUACAGAUGAGUGCAUGGUCAACUCAAAGAUUGCAAGUUGUCCUGUGGCUCGAAAUCAAGCCCCAAUCAUCACCCCUCUAUCACCGUGCUUGAUAGCUGGUCUGAGGGGUCUGUAUUGAUUUGUUGAAAACCAAACACAGCAUAAGUGGCAUUAGGCUUUAUAGCCUAACGUCUCCACUUUGGUCGCAUCUAUCCAAAGGAUGUUGUUCCAGAAGCCUUGCAAGUUGUUCAGAUUCAGCUUUGCAAACCUAAGGAGUCCUUUAUAGAGAGAAGAGACGUUGUCCUGGUAACACUUCCAAACAAGCCAUACUUGUUUGUUUUUCUCUUUUUUCUAAUUGUACUGUCAUCUUUAACAUUUAAUAUCCUAACUGAGGCCUGGAGAGUCUUGAGAUGUAGUUAUUGGGUUUUUGCAGUUAGCACUGUUCCCUCACAGCGGUUGCCUAACAGCAAGAAGGUGCUGAGUUCGACUCCACCAUCUAGCCUUAACCAUCUCCCUUUCUCCAGGGAGUUUGAGAGAACCCACGCAGACACAGGAAGAACAUGCAGAGUACUCCAGCUUCCU